ACUGGUGGACAGGACUUCCAAAAACUAAAUCGCAAUUGACAUCUGUUAAUUAAGGUAGAAAAUCUCACGUGAGUUUUUACAUCAGUUUCCAGCCUGAAGUUAGAACCUGCCGAGGAGCUUUGUCAAUUGCUUACCAUAAGGUAGGCCAGAAGCACCUUAACCUCCAAAAAGAAAAGCCUUGAGUUUAGCACUAUCCAUGUCCCCAAAGCUACCUCCGUAUUCCACCCGAAAUUCUCACCGCCCACUCCCCCACCCCCGCUGGCCAGGAAAAAACUACAACUCCCAUCAGAUCAUGCGAGGCUACGCGGGCGGGCACUUGCAGCACGUGAGCAGCUCUAGCCAAUGAGGGCCGUCGUUACAGAGAGUAGUUUGGCCCCGUUUGUAAAAGGCCGCGGCAGGAGAAGAGAGAAGAGACUGCCAAGAUCUCCAUUUAGGGGAGUGGGAAUCCUAGAUUGUGGAACAUUGGUCAGGAGCUUUGCCAUUGGCUGGUCAAGAAGGAGGAGACAGAAUGUCUGCAUUAUUACAUCGUAGAGUUCAAUCUUCCGUAGCCUUUGGGCUAAGUAAUAUCAUUUACUCUGCAAGUGAUCAUGCCUUUACCUGUCCUCUCUGAUCAUCCUAUUUAGGUCUUACAAAUUCAGGCUAUACUGUUCUCCAGAUGCCCCAGCAGCUGAUACAGGGCCUGUGAAAAAUGGAACCAAAUUCUCUGAGAACUAAGGUCCCAGCUUUCUUAUCUGACUUGGGCAAGGCCACAUUGAGGGGAAUCAGAAAGUGUCCCCGAUGUGGAACAUACAAUGGGACCAGAGGCCUGAGCUGUAAGAACAAGACAUGUGGAACUAUAUUUCGCUAUGGUGCACGAAAGCAGCCAAGUGUUGAUGCUGUCAAAAUCAUCACAGGCUCCGAUCUGCAGGUCUACUCUGUGCGGCAAAGGGACCGGGGCCCUGAUUACCGAUGCUUUGUGGAACUAGGUGUUUCAGAGACGACAAUCCAGACUGUGGAUGGGACAAUCAUCACUCAGCUAAGUUCUGGACGGUGUUAUGUCCCCUCGUGCUUAAAAGCUGCCACUCAGGGUGUUGUGGAAAACCAGUGCCAGCACAUCAAGCUGGCAGUGAACUGCCAGGCAGAGGCCACACCUCUAACCCUGAAGAGCUCAGUCCUGAAUGCUAUGCAGGCCUCCCCAGAAACCAAACAGACGAUCUGGCAGUUGGCUACCGAACCCACAGGUCCCCUGGUACAGAGGAUUACUAAGAACAUCUUGGUAGUAAAAUGCAAGGCAAGCCAGAAACAUAGCUUGGGAUAUUUGCAUACAUCUUUUGUGCAGAAAAUCAGUGCCAAAAGUUUGCCAGAGCGCCGCUUCUUCUGCUCUUGCCAGACACUGAAAUCGCACAAGUCUGGUGCCUCCAAGGAUGAGGCUGCCCAGAGAUGCAUUCAUUUCUUUGCCUGCAUCUGUGCCUUUGCCAGCGAUGAGACAUUGGCUCAGGAGUUCUCAGACUUCCUAAAUUAUGAUUCUAGUGGUCUCAGAGAGACUCUUGUGCCCCAAUUAGGUUGCCACUCAGAAUCAACUGUAUCAGCUUGUGAGACUGCUGCCUCUAAGCCAAAGAAGAGGAAGAAGGAUGAAGUGUCUGGUGCACAAAUGAAUAGGUCACUAAUUCCUCAAGAUGCAGUGAGCAGCAGUCUAAGGAAGAGUGGCCUAAAAAAGCCUGUUGUUGCUUCUUCAUUAAAAAGGCAGGUUUGUGGUCAGCUGUUGGAUGAGGCACAGGUAACCUUAUCCUUCCAAGAUUGGUUGGCCAGUGUGACAGAACGUAUCCAUCAGACCAUGCACUACCAGUUUGAUGGCAAACCAGAGCCACUGGUGUUCCACAUUCCUCAGUCCUUUUUUGAUGCCCUGCAACAGAGAAUAUCAAUAGGCAGUGCAAAAAAGCGGCUCCCCAAUUCCACCACAGCUUUUGUUCGGAAAGAUGCCUUGCCACUGGGAACCUUUUCCAAGUAUACCUGGCAUAUCACAAAUAUCCUGCAAGUUAAACAGAUCUUAGAUACCCCAGAGAUGCCCUUGGAAAUCACACGCAGCUUUAUUCAGAACCGAGAUGGAACGUAUGAGCUGUUUAAAUGCCCUAAAGUGGAAGUAGAAAGCAUAGCAGAAACCUAUGGUCGCAUAGAAAAACAACCAGUACUUCGACCCUUGGAACUAAAAACUUUUCUCAAAGUGGGUAAUACUUCUCCAGAUCAAAAGGAGCCAACACCUUUCAUCAUCGAAUGGAUCCCAGAUAUUCUUCCCCAGUCCAAGAUUGGUGAGCUUCGGAUCAAGUUUGAGUAUGGUCAUCACCGGAAUGGGCAUGUGGCAGAUUAUCAGGACCAGAGGCCCUCCCUGGACCAGUCCUUGGAACUAGCUCCUCUGACCACUAUCACUUUUCCAUGAGGCAAAACAAACCUCAGCUGCUAAGUUUGCACAUCCUCAUCCCUUAAACACUUUAAAUACUAGUUAAGCACUUAUUUAGCCCUUUUCCUUGGUGAACUGCUCUUAGCUAAGGAUCCACUUUCCUAGAGCAUUCAAGUGGUUUGUGUGGAAGAAAAACUUCUAAAUAGCCUUGUUGGUGCUGCUGUGUAUUGUCUUCAUGAUUAAUUGGAAAGUAUUUCUGGUUAGUAGAAUUUUUAAAGGAACAACAACAAAAAAAAAUGCCCAUUCAUUUUCCUUCCUGUGGAUUCAUUUUAGAGAUAUAUUUCAACCUUUUUCUAAUUCUCCAAGAAGCACUAGCUUAUGCCAACUGGGUUAGAAAGUAAUAAUACCCUAGGAUUAGGGCAGAAUGUAAAGAUCCUCCUAGCAAAGUUCUAGCCAUGCUCUUUAUUCUCAAAUAAAGCACAGUGUCAAGAGUUUACAAGUGA